CUUGCGGCCACCGUUCGAGCUCGGUGGGCAGGUGUGUGAGAGAGAGAGGGAGAGAGAGAGAAACGUGAAACUGGGUGGCCUACAUUCCUCAGAAGGGCGCAGGUGUCUGCGAGUGUUUGACUCAGCGAUAUAGUGAUUUUUGAAACGCUGGAACUAUAGGUUUGCUGUUUCUGGGUUUUUACAAGACAGCCGCCCACACAGGAGCCAUGACAGACAAGGAGGAUCAGGUACAGAAAGCCAAACUGGCUGAGCAGGCUGAGCGCUAUGAUGACAUGGCCGCAGCCAUGAAAGCAGUUACUAAGGCGGGCUCAGAGCUCAGCAACGAGGAGCGCAACCUGCUCUCUGUUGCCUACAAGAAUGUUGUGGGAUCCAGGAGGUCCGCCUGGAGGGUGUUGUCCAGCAUAGAGCAGAAGUCUGAUGACAGUGCCAAGACUGCACAAGCUAAGGAGUACAGAGAGAAGAUCGAGAAAGAGCUGAGCCAAAUCUGCAGUGAUGUAUUGGAGCUGCUUGACAAACAUCUGAUUCCCAGUGCUACACCUCCUGACAGCAAAGUCUUCUACCUGAAGAUGAAGGGGGACUACUUCCGCUACCUGGCUGAGGUGGCCACUGGCGAGAACAAGCAAUCAAUCAUCGAGAACUCACAGUCAGCAUACCAGAGCGCCUUGGAUAUCAGCUACAGUGAAAUGCAACCUACACAUCCCAUCCGCCUAGGCCUCGCUCUUAACUUCUCUGUCUUCUACUAUGAGAUCGUCAACUCACCUGAAAAGGCCUGCCAGCUAGCCAAGACAGCAUUUGAAGAUGCCAUUGCCAUGCUGGAUUCCCUCAAUAGUGACUCCUACAAAGACAGCACCUUGAUCAUGCAGCUGCUCCGUGACAAUCUGACACUGUGGAUGGCAGAUCCCCCGGAAGAAAGCGAAGCAGAGUUGCCGGAGCCGGAACCUGAGAAGAACUGAACUUAAGAGAAAAAAAAACCCUCAUUUUUUUACCUCUCACCAGCCUAGGUUGUGUGCGUGGUUGUGUGUGCACAUACAUGCACAGAUAUGUAUGUUUACACUCCACUUACAAUGUGUAAAGUACAGUAUGUGUGCAGAUACAUGGAAGUGUGUGUUAACUGUAUGAGCACCUCCACAGAGAAAGAAUGGAAUAGCUAUUUUCCCCCGUUUUUGAACAUUACCCAUUGUGAACCAGUGGAUUUUUUUCCUUUGGUUCUGUUUUUUUUUUUUUUUUUUUUUUUUUUUUUUUUUUAUUCUUCUUUUGUUUUUUGUCUAUGGUUUAGUCCAGAUGAAAUCCCUCCUCUAGAUCCAAAUCAGCCACUCACUCGUUCACCUUAUUCACUGUAGCAAACUGCUGCUGUUGCAGGAAAACAAAAACCUCUAACUGUAAUUUUGAUAAUUUGUAUGUUUUUACUUGAGCUGAACGAUUUUUGUUACACUUGGGUCUGCAAAAACUGUUUGAAGCGUGUCAGCUAUAUAACGGUCACAGUGGUCUGACUUUGCCAAGUUUUUGAUUUCAAUGAAAAUAGCAGUGAUUCUAUAGAUGGCAGAAUUUAGCUUGUUAAAGAUAUUGCCAUAUUGCUUGUAUCCAUCCCGCCCUGUCGAUGUCCAGUGUAGCAGGUCGUAACUUUAUGGAAGGUACAUAUGUCACGGCUCAGUGGGUUCUAGGUGCAUUCGGGUGUAGGAAAGGUUUUCGGUAUGGAUGGCCGCUUGUGAAAACUGCAGUUAAACUUGGGUUAAUAUAUAUUUUUGUUGACAGGAUUGCAUUCCAUUUUACUGACUUCUUUUCACGCAGUGAAAUGCGUAGACAAAUUUUCUGCAGUUCUCCAUACCACAUGGCAACGUUUAGACAGCCUAUAAUAAAAUGAACAACCUGACAAAGUGGCUCAAUACUGUAACUUUUGAUAUUUUAUCUUUUCAGCAGUGCAGAGGAUACUUUUGCCAUGUGCUUUUAUGUGGCUUUCUGCUCUUUUCUAUUCAAGUGUUUUUGUAUUUUCUGUUUUGUGUAUUUUAUCCCCUUCGACUCCUGAUUUGACUCCUGGAAUGUAUGUGGUUCUCAGUAGUAUGGUGUGAGGGUUAGGUGUGCUUUAAAACUGGGAGUUUUUGCUUAGGAUUUAGCUUGAAACGGGUGAAUUACAGUAACAUUUACCUUUCUUGAAACGACAUUGUGAAAAAUUAAAACCAUGCUAAAUAUAAAGUGAUUAUAAAAAGUAACUUGGUAGAAAGCUGCAUUAUGGCCAUUUCGUAGUGACAAAGUAGUGCCAGUUUCUUCUAAUUACACUGUCUUGGUUUUAAAAGAAUGGGAUGCAGGAUUCAGAAUUUGCAAGUUACACUCCGAGUAUGUUAUUUGGUCAUGUGCUUUCAUGUAAGUGGAAUUAAAACAUUAAAAUCAA